AUGCCUGGAACCAAUUGCCAAAAAGCGAUCCAGCUUUGGUCAGAGAAGAAUGGGGGCGCCAAUCCGGAAGAAGCAGACGUGGUGAAGCUUCUAUGCAUGAGCCCACCCAUUGAGAAGAUGGACUCCUCGCUGAAUCAGCUCGUCAACGUGAGGCAUUUGUCCUUGUCGACCAACUGCAUCGACAAGAUGAUCUCCUUGCCGGCCCUGAAGAACAUUGAGGUGCUGUCACUGGGCCGAAACCUCAUCAAGAAGAUCUCAGGAUUAGAGGAGAUUGGCUCCACUCUCAAGGAGCUUUGGAUCUCCUACAAUCAGAUCUCAACCUUGGAUGGCUUAGCACCUUGCGUGAAACUCACCACACUCUUCAUCUCGAACAACAAGAUCAAGGACUGGCCCGAGCUCGACAAGCUCCAGGCCAACCAGGAUUUGGUGAACGUGCUCUUCUAUGGCAAUCCGAUUUAUGAAGGUUUGUCCAAGAAGCAGGCCCGACCGAAGGUCCUGGAGCAUUUGCCGAAGAUUGCCACCUUGGACGGCGAGCUCCUCACCGGCGAUGAUGACGAUGGGGGGGAGGAAGCUGCGGAGUGA